AUCCACCAAACCCCAAGACCUUUCCUCUUCUUCUUCUCCUUCCCCUCACGUCUCCGCCACCUUCUCUUCUCCUCUACUCCACAGUAGCCAACCAGCUAAACUACACUCCCAUCUCUAUCUGUCUCCCUCUCUCACUCUCUUCCGCUACGUCUUCCAGAGCUCCGACCAGCAGCAUCCCCCACGCGGCAUGGCGACCUACAGGCUGCUGGUAAUCCUCGUCUUCUCCACGCUCCUCGUCACCACCAUCGUCUCCGUCUCCGGCGCCGGCGACGCAUCCUACCAGGCAGACUGCCCCUACCCGUGCCUCCCAGCGGCGCCCACGCCGCCCGCGCCGGCCGCCGCCGACUGCCCGCCGCCUCCGUCUGCCGUCUACCCGCCGCCAGCUGCCGGGAACGCGCCGCCGGCGUCGUACUGGAGCUACCCGCCGCCGGCCGGGGGCGGCUACAUUCCCGGCUUCUACCAGCCCCCUGCCGGUGGCGGUGGCGGUGGAGGAGGGGGCUAUGGCGGGCCGGCGCCGCCGCCGCCCAACCCCAUCCUGCCGUGGUACCCAUGGUACUACAGGUCCCCGCCGUCGUCUUCUUCGGCUCCGGCGGCCGUGUCGGCGACAAUUGUCCUGCUGGUGGCCGGCGUCACUGCCGCUGCUGGUUUGGUCCGUUAAUUACUACUAGCAUGAUUCGCUGGUAGCUAUAGAAUAUAGUAACUCUCUAUGUACUCCCGUCGUUUUCAGCUGUUACUAGUUAUUUUUAUUUAUCUACAUACAUAUAUAUGGUUAAUCAGGCACCGAUCGAUCGUUAUUAAUUUGUUGUUGUACUAUGGUCUACUAGCAUUGCUCGAUCAAUUUGCAUGCUUUUGGGUAGUGGAGAAAUCAUGGCUAGUGAUCGCAAGAAUCUUCUGCUUUUCUCAGUGCUAGCUCUAGCUCCUCUUUUUAUUUUGCAUGGUACUAGCACGUAUAUAUAUAUACUUGCUCCAUAUCAGUGGUAAUCAAUUUUUGAAGCGUA